UGGGGACGAGUGAAGAAGGGACCGGGAAACUGGAGGGCGUUCCCGGGGGUUCCCUUACAGAUGCUUCUCCUAUGCUGUCCCGGUGGCGGCUGUGACGCUGCUCGUGCACACUCUGCAGACAGGCGGUUAGAAAUUAGGCGUCCUCACUUCCGGAUCAGCUAAGGGGUGCAGAGAGAAGUAGGGGUCACGCCUCCCCCGCACCCGGAAAGGCGUUGAGGUGUGUGGCCGAGUUGGAUUCGGUCCAAGCCCGCCAAGGAAGGCUGGGAGAAGCGAGCUGUAAAGGCUGGGAAGUCUCUGCUCCUUUAGUCAAUACGGAGAGUCACUCGGGCGCGGGGGCCGGGAUACAGCCCUGGCCGCGCAGCGUUAGGGAUCUGGGGGCAAAGAGGGUUAGGAUGGGAGGCCGGACCCUCACAGCUCCACCCUCCACGCUGCCAGCCCAGGGUCACAGAGAACGAGGAGUCAGAAAGUCUCCUCCUCCUCCCUACUCCAGAUACCCGAUGGAUUUUCUCAAACCAACUGCAGACUGUCCAGAUGCUGUGCCUUCCUCCGCUGAAACAGGGGGAACGAAUUAUCUGGCCCCUGGGGGGCUUUCAGAUUCCCACCUUCUCCUGGAGCCUGGGGAUCGGUCACACUGGUGCGUGGUGGCAUACUGGGAGGAGAAGACGCGCGUGGGGCGGCUCUACUGCGUCCAGGAGCCCUCCCUGGACAUCUUCUACGAUCUACCUCAGGGGAACGGCUUUUGCCUCGGACAGCUCAAUUCGGACAACAAGAGUCAGCUGGUGCAGAAAGUGCGGAGCAAAAUCGGCUGCGGCAUCCAGCUCACGCGGGAGGUGGACGGCGUGUGGGUGUACAACCGCAGCAGCUACCCCAUCUUCAUCAAGUCGGCCACACUGGACAACCCGGACUCCAGGACGCUGCUGGUGCACAAAGUGUUCCCCGGCUUCUCCAUCAAGGCCUUCGACUACGAGAAGGCGUACAGCCUGCAGCGGCCCAACGACCACGAGUUCAUGCAGCAGCCGUGGACUGGCUUCACCGUGCAGAUCAGCUUCGUGAAGGGCUGGGGCCAGUGCUACACCCGCCAGUUCAUCAGCAGCUGCCCGUGCUGGCUGGAGGUCAUCUUCAACAGCCGGUAGCCGCACGCCGGCGGCCGAGGACAGAGCGAGCCGGGCGGGCCCAGUCCAAACUACUUUGCUGCUAAUAUUUUCCACCUGAGUGCUUGCUUUUCAUGCAAAAGUCUUUGGUCAUUGUUCUUUUUUUUUUUUUCUCUCUCCUUCUUGUCAUUCUUGUUUAUGUCCGUUUUGUUUCGUUCUUUGAGAAGUAGCUUAUGAAAAGAAUUGUUGGGGUCUUUUUUUGGGAGGGGGUAUCGUACAGUUGGCAAGACACCCCCAUGUGAAAAGGGGAAGCAAAAAUCAGUCCCCCUGAACACAGUGCAUGAACGGGGAGCAGCCCCUAACUCUGGGGGUCAUCGUUUCACUUGUCAGGGUGGGUAUGUGAACAGGUGUGUGUGUGUGUGUGUGUGUUUGUGCACGCGCACACCCAUGAGUUCUGCGCUCCCAGCUGUGUCGCCCUUGCCCUCUGGACAUGCUCAGUGAGGCAGAGACAGCACCCGGGCAGCCUGAGCCAAUGUCCCAGCAGUUGCCAGAAGCAAGGCUCUGCCCUCAGCCAGGGAAGCCCCCCGCCCCGCCCUCCCCUUCUAAGGACCCCGGCCUGUCACUAGGCUUCUUAGAAAGAAGAGGCUGCCCCAGAAUUGUUUUCGAGUUCGUCUUAACUCCCCUCCAGCCACCCUGCUGCCAUUGUAUUCCCUCCGUGGCACCUGCUCCUGGAUGUGUCUGAGCUACAGUAUCGCUCACCCGGUGCCCUCUCAGGCCCUCAGCCUCUCCCCUGCCCCGGACCCCUCAGGUUUUACCCAGACUCAGAAAAUCAGCUCAGCGCGUUGCUCUCCUGCGGCCUGUGUUGAGCUCUGCUGUUAGACCAGCGAGGGGAGCAGCCCGCUUCCCACCAAGGAUUCGGUCCAUCAUAACCCAAGGUACCGUCCUGGACUGACACCUAACUCUUCUUUCGUUUCUUCUCCAACUCAUACACUCGUAUGAUGUGUUGACACUGCUCUUAGCUCAAUGAGCAUGUUUAGACUUUAACAUAAGCUAUUUUUCUAACUACAAAGGUUUAAGUGAACAAGAGAAGCAUUCUCAUUGGAAAUUUAGCAUUGUAGUGCUUUUGAGAGAGAGGACUCCUGGAAAAAAAACCCACAAAAACACACACAAAACCCUGAGAUUUAUUAAAGAAAAAAUGUAUUUUAUGUUAUAUAUAAAUAUAUUAUUACUUGUAAAUAUACAGACGUUUUAUAAGCAUCAUUAUUUAUGUAUUGUGCAAUGUGUAUAAACAAGAAAAAUAAAGAAAAGAUGCACUUUGCUUUAAUAUAAAUGCAAAUAACAAAUGCCAAAUUAAAAAAAGAUAAACACAAGAUUGGUGUUUUUUUCUAUGGGUGUUAUCACCUGGCUGAAUGUUUUUCUAAAGGAGUUUAUGUUCCAUUAAACAAUUUUUAAAAUGUAUACUU